CCAGCAGGGCACAGCCUGAGUGGGGAUCGCCUGUCAUGUCGAUAUGACCCAUCUGCCCAUCUGAUCCGGACCAGGCUCACCGAUUUCCGUGUGAGGUCGGCCGGUGCUCAUCGCUCCGUACGGGAUCGCGGCGGCACCCGCACUGUCUCCCCCCGGCUCUCCUGAGAGGGCGAAGAGCCCCCCGGAGUAACAGCGCCAGCCGCUAUGAGGCAAAUAACGGGAAAGGCGAAGGAUGAAACUUUGAUCGAGCUGCAGAGCGCCUCGGAUUCACAGACUGGAGAUGAAAAUAGUGGAGAUGGUGUCAGUUCAUUAUCUGAAAGAGGGACACUGCCUGGACACACAGAAACAGACAAGCUACAACCAAACAAGGACACCGUGUUCUUCAGGGACGGAGUGCGAAGAAUAGACUUUGUGUUGUCUUAUGUAGAUGACAAGGAUGGAGAGAAGAAACAGGAAAGGAGGAGAGAGUUUGAGGCCAACCUUGAGAAAGCAGGACUGGAGCUCGAGACAGAGGAUAAAGCAGACUCCAAAGACCAGAAGACAUAUUUCCUGAAGAUCCAUGCUCCAUGGGAUGUACUGGUCACCUAUGCUGAUGUUUUAAAGAUCAAAGUUCGCUUCAAGGAGAGUGAUAUCCCCCAUGGUCAGGACGUCCCACUGGAGUGGCUCUUGCAUCCUUUCCGUCUGCCAGACCACAUAAUGCACCCACAACCUGACUAUUUCACCUAUCCCUUCGACAAGAGCAAGACUGACUUCUUCCUCAUCAAUGACAAGGAUACAUUUUUCCCACCAUCCACAAGAAACAGAAUUGUGUUCUACAUCCUGGCUCGUUGUCCGUACUACAAAGAGGGCUGGAAAGACAGAGGCAAGACGGGAAUCAAGCGAUUACUCAGCAAUGGGACCUACACAGCGGCCUUUCCACUUCACGAUUGUCGAUACUGGAAAAGGGCAAGAAAUGCUGAAUGUGAGAGUGAGCGCUACAUCUUGUACAGGCACUGGGCAAGGUUUCUUUGCUUUUACAAAGGGCAGCCUCUGAACCUCAUCAGGAAGUACUAUGGGGAGAAGAUUGGGAUCUACUUUGCCUGGCUGGGCUUCUACACAGAGAUGCUGUUGUUUGCAGCCAUCAUGGGCCUUAUAUGUUUUACCUAUGGAGUGCUCAGUUAUGAUGACAACAUAUCAAGCAAGGAAAUAUGUGACGCCAAUAUCGGGGGCAGCAUUGUGAUGUGUCCUCUUUGUGAUAAAAAAUGCUCUUUCUGGAAGCUCAACUCUACCUGUCUCUCAUCCUGGCAAUCCCAUCUGUUUGAUAAUGAGGGAACGGUAUUCUUUGCCAUAUUUAUGGGGAUCUGGGUGACUCUGUUUCUGGAGUUCUGGAAGCGGCGUCAGGCCCGGUUGGAGUACGAGUGGGACUUGGUGGAUUUUGAAGAGGAGCAGCAGCAGCUUCAAAUCCGGCCAGAGUUCGAGAUCAGAUGCACUAACAGGAGACUCAACAAGAUCACUCAGGAAAUGGAGCCCUACCUCCCCUUCCCCAGCAAGUGUGCUCGCUUCUGCCUCUCUGGAGCCACUGUUUUAUUCUGGAUUUCUCUGAUAGUGGCCUGUAUUAUUGGAGUCAUAGUGUACAGGCUGGCCGUGUAUGCUGCCUUUGCAAGUAUCAUUAAAGACCCUAUGAGGAAGAUCCAGGUGGUGGGCAGGUUCAUCACUCCACAGUUAGCGACCUCUGUCACUGCUUCCUGCAUCAACUUUGUCAUCAUAAUGAUCCUCAACUUCUUUUAUGAGAGGGUGGCCAUUUGGAUCACUGAUAUGGAAAUCCCAAAGACCCACCUGGAGUAUGAGAACCGGUUGACCAUGAAGAUGUUUCUGUUCCAGUUUGUCAACUACUACUCCUCCUGCUUCUAUGUGGCCUUCUUCAAAGGCAAAUUUGUGGGUUUUCCUGGUGGAUACUCAUACAUUUUUGGCAAAUGGAGCAAACUGAGGAAUGAGGAGUGUGACCCCGGAGGUUGUCUGAUUGAGCUGACCACACAGCUGGUGAUCGUCAUGGCUGGGAAACAAUUAUGGGGGAACAUUCAGGAAGCUCUGCUGCCGUUGAUGCGUAACUGGUGGAGUAGCCGAAGGGCGCGGCACCAUCCUGAAAACCAUUACAGCCGCUGGGAGCAGGACUACGUCCUACAGAACUUCAGCCAACUGGGCCUGUUCUAUGAGUACCUGGAGAUGGUGAUCCAGUUUGGCUUCAUCACUCUGUUUGUGGCCUCCUUCCCCUUGGCUCCGCUCCUGGCUCUGUUCAACAACAUCCUAGAGAUCAGGGUGGACGCCUGGAAGUUCACCACCCAGUUCAGACGGCCGGUGGCAUCCAAGGCUCGUAACAUCGGAGCCUGGCAGGAGAUCCUCAAUGCGGUGGCCAUUUUGUCCGUUGUUACCAAUGCUUUUAUCAUGGCGUUCACUUCAGACAUGAUCCCCCGGAUGGUCUACCUGUAUGCCUACAGUAAAGGGGCCAGCAUGAAGGGCUACAUCAACAACAGCCUGUCAAUCUACAACAUCUCCCAAAAAGCUAGGCACAGCAUGCUGGAGGAACCCAACUGGUUUGAUAACUCAACCGCCACCUGCAGAUACCGUGACUACCGCUACCCUCCAGGCCACCAGAACGAGUACACUCACACCAUGCAGUACUGGCACAUCCUGGCAGCCAAAAUGGCCUUCAUUAUAAUCAUGGAACAUGUGGUCUUUGUGGUGAAGUUCUUCGUGGCGUGGAUGAUCCCAGAUGUCCCGUCGGAUGUGAAGGCACGGAUUAAACGAGAACGCUACCUGAUUCAAGAGUACCUGCAUAACUACGAGGUGGAGAGGCUCAAACUCCAGCUGAGUGCCAGCUUCCUCACAGAGCCACAGUCAGAAAUGUCCUCGAACAGGGACAGGCAUGAAGUGUUGUCCGAGUGCCUGUAGCCCCUGCUUCACUCCUCCAUCUGAUCCAAGCCAAAUAUGGACACGUCUGGGAGCUUAAUAACAUCCAUAUACAAGGGCUUUUGUCUUGGAGAUAAAAAUUGCUAUUAUCUUUUAUUUUUAAACGGACAUUAACAUCUAUUAAGAUAUACUCCUGUCUGUAUAGAGGCAUUAAAAAAAAAAAAAAUCCAAUGCGACAUUUCACCUUGCUUACGUACUUUAAAUCAGUGUCCUGAGUGGACGAAACUCUCCUGUGCCAAAAAAAAAUUGUUGGAAGGUGUUGGGAUGGAAAAUAACAUCAAAGAGCGAAGGAGUGUAACUGCAGGUUGUAUCAUUCACCAUGUAAUGCAUUCACACUCUCCAUUUGUUAGGACUGAACGAUUCUGUAAGUGCCGAUAGAGUCCAAGUUUGUGGUGUAGUUACCCUUUAAAGAGCUGGUUAUAUUUUCUGCAUGUGAUGCUUCUGAGAAUACAAGAUGAAGGACUGAACUGUUUAGACAGGACUAUACGUUAUGUGUCAGUUGUGGUUGGAAGUUCAUAUCAUAUAACUAUGAAUGUAGAAAACACUCAAACUUAUAAUGUUUAAGUAUCAGAUAUGAAACACAUCUGUGUAUAGUAUAACAAAUAAUAUAGGUGGUGCUUAUUCCUAAGACAGUUUCAAUAUGUUUCUUUCUAAAUCAUUUUUAAAUAUGGUAGCCACGUAAUGUUUAAUUCUACUGAUCUGUAGCUGGGCUAUAAGAUUGUCAGUUUUGCUAUUUGAGUGUGUCACAUUUAGGUAAAAGCUCUUAAAAACUGUGCAUUUGAAAACCAAGUACCUCCAUUAUACUGCAGUGAUUCCACCCUCAGUCAGGGGCUGCAGCAAUAUGGUGGUGAGACAGAAGCUGCAGGCUCAUCGUGUCUCAUCAUCCAACUGUAUUUCCAACUUGCUCCGGGACCAAUUAUAAGACUUGUACCAAAAGAACAGAUUACAUGAAGAAAAUGUUGAAAGAUCUCUUGACUGAUCUUCUGUUUUAGUACAAUCAGUGCGUGUGGAUGAGUUCGGGUUGAUCAUGUGUCGGCUUUAAUGCUCCUUGUGAUAAAAAAAAUGGCCUAUAUUUCUGUUUUCAGAUUUCACAUUAUCGGUGUCUCCAUAUGCUGUAGGCACAAACAAUUGUAACCUUGAUUUCAGAGAUAUAUAUAAAAGAGGGGAAGCUCUGGUUAGAAUGCAUGUGAGUGAGGAUUUCAGUGAAAAAGAAAUACUUAAUGACUUUUAGUACCCUGUUCAUACUCUAUAGCCGGGUACUAAGUGUUGCUAUGGAUAUAAAGAAUAUGUUAUCUUUUUAAAUUGGCUGUAGAUUAUUUAUGUAUUGAUCUGUUUCUGCUCUGUAGCCUGGAGCAUUUGUGUUUAUAGUUGCUUCACAAUCCUCUUUUUAAGAUCUUUUUUUAAUCACAUUACUUGCAACGUCUAAUUUCUUAUUUUAUACUAUUCAUCACCUCAUUCAAAUGACCAUCAAGCAGUAUUGCGUAGUUCGGUCAGUUCUUCAAGUACAUUUUAUGCUAUAAAUCACUACUUUGUCAAGGGACCAGACAAGUAAAAAUCUCCAACACAUUCUGUGGGAGACCUGAUUAUAUUUCUUCACAUUACAUUAGUGAUUUUUCAUAUACAUUGGGUGUUUUUUUGUAAAAAAAACUGCUUAAGCUUAACAUGCAUUUGGAAUUUUCUGUGUUUGUAUUGACACUUCUUUGUGAUAUAUACUGUAAAUGAUGCAGUUUCGAUUCCAGCUAACAGCAAAUUAUAUUUGACAGUCAAAAAGAAAGCCUGAUUUACUCCAAUCUCAGGAUUAAAGAACUUCUAAUGUUUGUUUAACAUCUCUUGUUGACACAGUAUGCGGAUGUCAGGUGUGUGCAAGGGGUUAGAGCAUGAUCCUGCAAGAUGCAUGAUGUACUGUAUUACCCAACAAACAAAUGCCUUAAACAUCUUUGUUUACUUGUCUUGUAUGAGUCAAAACCUUUUUCAUAUCAUUUGUUGCUGCUGCUAGUCUUUUCAAAGUAGUUGUUUUGUCGGGUGUGAUGUGCAUGAAUUGCUGUUACAUAAAUAUUCUAUCAGUUACAUUCUAAGCUCAUUGUAGCCUAUUGUAAAAAAAAAAAAAAAAAAAAAAA